AUGCGCAGCAAUACCCUUGUGAUCGGAGCAACGAAGGGUCUAGGAGCCUGUCUCCGAGAUCUAUACUCAAAAGACUCCACCAAGCGCGUCUUCGCGACCACAAGAACGGAAUCCGUCCCAAAAUCAGAGUCAGCGAUCACUUGGUUGACAAAUGUUGAUCUAACUCAUCCUGAAGUAGGCCAAAAGUUAGUCUCGCAGAUUCCGGCCUCAACAGUGUUCUCAACAGCGAUACUUUCAGCUGGAUAUUUUGGCUUUGAAUCCUUCGAUGAUCCAGACUGGGAGAAAGAGGUUAAAAUGUACACUACUUCGGCUAUCGCGCCAGUCUUUCUUGUGCAUCACCUUGUCAAAGCUGGCCUCCUGAGCGAAGGGAGUAAGGUCAUUAUCGUCAGUAGUGAGAGCGGCAGUAUCACUCUCCGGCAUGAGAAAGAGGGUGGAGGAAAUUAUGGUCAUCAUGCGAGCAAGGCUGCAUCAAACAUGGUGGGCAAAUUGCUCAGCUUGGACCUGAAGCCUAAAGGGAUUGCUGUUGGCUUGGUCCAUCCUGGCUUUAUGCGGACUGAAAUGACUAAAGGAGUUGGAUUUGACAAGUUUUGGGAUGUUGGUGGUGCUGUGACUCCUGAUGAAGCAGCUCAGUCACUUGCAUCAUUCAUUGAGGAAUUUGACAUGAGCAAAACUGGAGAAUACUGGGCCCCAAGAGGACCAGGGGAUAUUGGCACUGCAGAGAGUGUCCUUGGUAAAGACUUGCCAACCCCAUUGCAGCUCCCGUGGUAG